AUGAAUUCAUCCGUCUUUCAAAAUGCCACGAGAACAAUGAGCGAGCCGACCCCAACUGUCACGUCCAUCGUGGACCUCCUAAACACCACGAUCCCCGCGGGUCAACUCCCCCUCAAGCCAGUCAUAACCCCCGGCUGGUCCGUCGCCGGCACCAUCCUCCUCAUCACCGGCCUCUUCUACACCCUGAUCGGCAUCCGCGCGAAGCGCUGGCACACCUUCUUCGGCACGGCCUUCCUCGGCGCGCUGGGCACGACUGUCCUGAUCCUCUACCUCAUGACGCCCCCCGUCUCCAACGCCGUACAAGGGGGCUUCGUCGUGGCGGCCGUGUUCACCGGCGCCGUGCUGGGCGGCCUGGCUGUCGUGCUGAUCGACGUGUUCGAUUGCUUCGGCUGUUUGUUGGGAGGGUUCUGUUUUAGCAUGUGGCUGCUGACGUUGUCGCCCGGAGGGUUGGUGAAGAAGAAGAGCUUGAAGAUCGUGUUUAUCGCGGUGUUUAUGGUGGCGGCGUUUUCGUUGUACUUUAGUCGGUGGACGAGGAGGUAUGGGUCGGUGGGAUGUAUCGCUUUUUCAGGUGCUACGGCGGUCGUGCUGGGUAUUGAUUGCUUCAGCCGGGCUGGGCUGCGCGAGUUCUGGGCUUAUCUGUGGGAGCUGAACGAUAAGUUGUUUCCAGACGGGACCGUGACGUACCCGCUGACGAGGGGGAUCCGGGUCGAGCUGGCGGUUACGGUAAUCUUGGCUGUGAUGGGCGCCAUGUCGCAGGUUAAGAUAUGGAGGAUUAUCAGGGAGAGGAGGGAGAAGGGCAAUAAGCCGUCGGAUAAGGAGGAGGAAGAGCUACCGGGUAGUGAUGAGGAAGAGGCGAUGCAGCGGCGGCAGAUGGAAGAGAUUAACAGGGAGAAGGAGGAGUGGGAGAAGAUAUAUGGGAAUGGACGGUCGUCGGAUACGGAGAUCGGCACGCCGGAGACGAGGAAGACGUCGACGGAGGGAAGCGUCGCGAAGGAUGGGCCUGAAGGGGAGGGGAAGGGGCAACGUAAAGAUGGGGAGGGUGAGCAACAGGUGCCGGAUGAUGAUGAUGAUGAUGAUGAUGAUGAUGAUGAUGAUGGCAGAGACAGUGGGGUUCAAGGUAUCGAGGAGGAUAACGACCAAGGAAAGGUGGCGAAAAAACAGACGCCUCCAGAAACGGCACAUCCGGCAAUGGCACCGAAGAUGAUGGCACGAGAAAGGAUGACACCAGAUUCGAUGGUCCUUCCUGAGAACCACCCCCCGAUGACACCCCAAACUGACUACCAGACGCCGUCUAUCCCUGUCGACGCAGAGCAUGAUGACGGAGACAGGUCGUCUGUUGCGGCAACGGUUGACGAGACCGACGUGUGUCAGGAGCCAGAAAUCCCAGUCCCUCCUGAGCUGCCCGCCAGAUCGGAGAGGCGUCCAAGGUCAGCCAUGAUCAGCCCGGUUCCCGGGCACGAGAGCGUGCCCGCUACCUCGACUCCAGCGAAGCCGGUGUUCAACUACGCGCCGCCGAUAGAACCGCAGGAGCCGUUGCGCGCCGAUUCUGACUCGAUCGCGGCCACCUUGGACUCGCUCGGGUCCGACAGGGGUCAAUAUGACGACGAUCUUGAUCUGGACUACUCGGCUGAUGACGCGAGGAGAAUGGCGCUGGAUCAGAAGACGCAGCUGACUGUUCCCUCGACGCUGGGGCAGAGGACAUCCCAGCUCACCUCAGAUGUUUCAGCCCAGGAACUGACGGCCCGGGCAGUGGAGAUGGUAAGGGCGACGCUGGCGACCGUGCCAGAGCCGCGGCGCAUGAGGGGUUUGUCGCGGUCAUCCAGUCUGCCGGAUAUCUCUACGCCCAGCAGGAGUUCCGUGCGGCGCAGCAAGUCGGAGGGCUUCCUCGUACCAUGGGGUCACACGCCGGUCGAUCCUAAGCCAGUUGAGGAGCAGCACCAGGAGGCAAGAUCUAACAAGGACGCCGAAUCGAAUGUCUCCUUCCGGACUGCGCUAGCCCGGCUGACCAAGUCCAAUCUCCCGCCUGCCUUCCCACAGGUUGCGCUCACCUACCGCAUGCAGGAGUGGGCGAAGCACCUGGAUGCCGCCGAAACUCCCGAGCCGGAUCCCCUGACUAUCGAGGAAGGCCGCGCGGUGUCCCCUGACGGCGAACAGGCUGCGCCGGUGGAUGUUAGGGACCUGCAGAUGACGCCGCAGAACGCGUCCGUCCCGCCGGCUGUGCUGCCAAAGAGGGUCAGCGCGAUGUCAGGGCAUGAGCAGUACUACUCGAGCAGCGGGUCUACCGGUGGUAGGACGUCCGGGUCGAGCUAUCCUGAUCUAGCUGGGUAUCUGUUCCCGAACCCGCCGACGGCGAAUAAGGUAAAUCGGAGGUCGGCGUCGGCGAUGGCGAGGGGGUUGCAGGAGGAGGCUAUUGCUGAGGAGGUGAGUGCGGGUAUGAGCGUGCGGAAAAACGAGCAGACUGUAGAGUCAGGGGGGAAGAAUCCGGCUCGUGGAUACUACAGAGUGUCUUCUUCGGCCUCCUUCCCUGACCUGCUGGACGCCCAACAACCUCUUGCACUCCAACAACAGCCCAAGCCCCAGACUCUGAUCGGCAUGCGCGAGAUGCUGCUCAAGACUCGCGCUUCGAUUGUCAAUAACGGCCUCGCAAACGACACGACUCUGCACAUCCCAUACGAGGCAGCUCGUCCCGCUUCUGACGCCGGCUCCGUCCGGAACUACCCCGUCUCUCCCGGACUCCAGUCCUCUUCCGGCAGCCCCCCGUCUACCCGCCCGUCAGCCGACCUAGAUGACCUGCCUCUCUCCCAGCGUCGUGCCCUCCUCCAACGGAGCAGCAGCGUCUUGAGCAACCAUUCAACUGGCGCUCCAACUCCCAUUCCCCCUACCACCAUGGGCACGAACCCGGGGUUGGCAGCUCCCGCCCCCCUCGUCCAAACCACCCUCGCGCCCGUCAUGCCGACAACUCCAACUCCCAUUCUGCCGCCCAUAACCACAACGCCCCAACUAACCCCCGAAGCAGCCCGCCAAGCCCGUCUAGCCUCCUUCCGCGCCAGCGUCGCUGCCGAUUUGCAGUCCCGUUCUCCCCCGCCGAUUAUCAGCCGCGGGCAUUCCCCGACCCCAGGGGCUGGGCCGUCGUCGCUCAACCUGAACCUGAAUAUUAAUCCGUCCCUGCAAUCAUUGCAGCAUACCUACCAAUCCUACACCCCUUACCUCAAUGGUACCACCACCAACCCGACCCUAACCAAUCUCAUCCCCUCGAACGCCGCUGCCGCCGAAGCCCAACGCCAACAGCAGGAGCGCGCCGAGGCGUUACGAACGAUGGAGCUGCGCCGGAGUAAACUGUUGAGUGAAAGGCAGGCCGAGGCAGCGCGAAGAGAGGCACAGAUUAGAGAGAAGAAGAGAAUAGAGCGGGAGUGGGAGACGAGGAUGGUUUUUGGGGGCAAGGAAGUCAUGGAGAUGCAUCGGGGGGCUUUGAGGAGGUUGCAGUCUGGUUCGCAGUCUAAGACAAAAGAGAGGGGGGGGGGGAAUUGA